AGUUGAACAUUUAGCUGGAAAUGGGGAUAAAAUUCUUAAAAAAGAGAAUUAAGAAUCCAUGAGUACGCUCUCGCGACAGAAAGUGACACAAUGUUCUACUCCAACGACACGUUGAGCCUGCUGCAGAUCCUGUUGCCGCUGCUCGAACGGUACAACGAGAGUCUCCACCUCCCGGAGGUUCGCACCGAGCUGCCGCCGACGUCCCUGGCGGCUGACGUCCCCACGCAGUUGUUUCCUGACGCUAUCUUAGUCCCGGUGACGGUGUUAUGCGGGUUGUUGUUUGUCGUGGGCGUGACUGGGAACAUCCUGACUGUUCUGGUGAUAGUGCUGGAUCGGGGCAUGAGAACUACUACCAACUUCUAUCUAGCAAGUUUGGCGGUUGCUGACUUGAUGACGUUCGUGGUCCUGCCGGUGGAGUUGUACCGGCUGUGGGAGUUCCAGCCGUGGGAGUUGGGACCUGUGGUCUGCCGCCUGCUCUACUACCUGAAGGAGACCUUCACCUACACCUCCAUCCUCCACAUCACAGCAUUUACCAUCGAGAGAUAUUUAGCUAUCUGCCAUCCUUUCACCGCUAAGAGAGUUAUCCGGAAGUCCCGCGUGAAGAAGUUGAUCUUGACGAUUUGGGGAGGAGCGUUUGUGGUCACAGUUCCCGUGCUCUUCAUAUUCGGCUUGGAGCAACGGCGAGGGAAUAGCGGGCCUGUCCAGGCUUGCACAGUGCUGGAGGACUCCAAGCUAUCCGGUCUGCUCCUCGUGGCCACCGCCUCCUCUACGGUGUUCUUCUUCGGCCCGGUGGUCCUGAUGAGCGUGAUGUACAGCCUCAUCGCCCGGCACCUGCGCACCAGGACCGCACAGGCAUGCAGCUCCUCCUUGCGGGUGAAGGAGAAAAGCAAGGAGCAGGUGGUGAAGAUGCUGGGAGUGGUGGUGGUCGCGUUUGUGAUAUGCUGGCUGCCUCAUCACGUGGCACAACUAACCUUCUCCAACAUACAGAUUUGGACGCAGAAGACUACCACGAUCAACAACUGCAUCAUGAUCACGUCGUUUGUCCUGGUCUACGUCAGCGCCACCAUCAACCCCAUCCUCUACAACGUCAUGUCCGACAAGUUCCGAAAGGCCCUGCGCAGACUGCCCACCAACAUGGCCGCCAACGUCAUCCGCCGGACCAAGAGCGGGAACUUCGCCCGUCGCCCGCUGAAGAACUCCCCCAGCGCCAGCUCCGACACUACCGCCUUCCGCACCCGCGGCACCAUCGAGCAGGCAGAACCUCUGUUCUCAUCUGUGUAUUACUGCACCACGGUGUAA